UCUCUCCUUCGCUCCUCAAGUUUUAACCGGUCUACUUUCUCUCUCUAGCCUCCUGCCAAGUAAGUCCUCCAGUCCUCCUAGUCUUUUAAUUCUUCCAUCUUUCACUUUUUGACCGGUAAGCUGAAGUCAUGUCUUCAUCUGACUCACAAAAUGUAUCCGGUCAAUCUUAUGGAUCGGGUUCUCAACCCUCUUUCUCAUCUGAGUCUUCUUCUCCCCCUGUCACUCCUUUGAUUCGCCGCCCCUCUCACCAAUCUAAUUCUCAGGCCCGGGAAAUAAUUGCCCAGGACCCUGUCCCUUUGAAUCAACUGCCCGGUCGAUUCAAUCCCAAGGUCCUUAGCUGGGAGCAAUGGGAGGAACGACUGGGAUCCUUGGGCUUCCUAGCCCUUGAUGUUAGACCGGUGUUCAAAGAGUCCUCUAGGGUCACCAAAAAGGUUCUGGCCGAGGUCCGUACCAUCCUCCCACCGGGCUACAAAGUCCUUUCCACAACCACCUGGCCCAACAUCAUUGAACCCCACCAGGGAACCCGGUUGGGUUUCCAUAUUGCGUCUCUGGAGGGAGGUAUUAUUUUUCCUCUCCGCCCCCUCCUCGUAGAAAUCUGUAACAAGUUCAAGAUUCUGCCCGACCAGCUUACUCCAAAUGCUCACCGGGUUCACCCGGAGCCUACCCCUGAGCUUGAAGAUGCCUGCGAGAAACUUCUCAAGGGUGAUCUUGUGACCGGUAAGCCAUACGCCUAUGGUGGAUGGGUAUACCGGUUACCUAACCCGGAUGGGGGUGAAUCUGCGACCCAUGACGCAGAAGAUGACCGGGCAAACUCCCCGGAUGGUCAUGCUGAGGCCAGUUCUCCUCGUCCAGACAUGAAUUUCAACAGGAUGACCACCAUCAUUGAAGAUGACGACGAUGAUGUCCAAGUCCUCCAUUCCAACCGGUCUCCCAAUCGCAACCUUCCCUCCCCUUCUCAAAACAUUGGAGUUGAAAGGGCCUCAACUGCUCGGUGCUUUUCCUUUGACGAUCUCAUUCGAGACAAACAGGUUGGAGUCCUAUCUGAAGAGAUUGGCCAGUCACUCAUCGAGCCAACCAACCAGGUCUCCCAACUGAAUCUCCUGCUUGACUCGGCCAAAUCAGAAAUAAAUGACCUGGUCGAGAGGGAGAGAAAGUUAAAAGUAGAGCUGAGGGCUGAGAGGGCUUUGCUGGAGGAGGAGAGGGCCAGAUCUGCCCGGUGGGAGGAGGAAGGCAAGAGAAAGGUCGCUGAGCUCGAAGAGGCGUUGGCUCAAGCUGAAGAAACUGCCCGGUCAAAAGAGGAGGCCUUCCCUGAUGAUGCUGCGAUUUGGGCCGCCUGCCAUCACACUGAAGUCGCCCGGUCCAUUCUCACCAAUCCGGAGGAUACCAUGGAUUUUUUCAAAGUCAUGUAUAAGGAACCGGAAGGGAAGAGAAUGAUAACAGAUGUCGGGUCCUAUGGGUUUCAGUGUGGCCAAAAGGAAGAGAGAUCUCUUCUCUAUGCCAGGCUCCAGAGGAAGGACCCUUCUUUCGACCCGGCCAAGUUGACCUAGCCAACCCAAUCUUCCCACGUGGGGGUAUGCCGGUGAGAACCAGCCCUCAUCCAAUCUUACAUGUCCAUAUGUUAUGCGUUUGAAGUGAAUUCUAGUCUUCCCUAGACCCUUCAAUCCGCAAAGGAUGGCUCAUGCAAGACGGUAAUCAUUUUUUACUUUGGCAUCUUUUUGCCCCUAUCCAAAUGAAAAUUUGGUAGGGAU